GGGCUACGGGAGAGAGCGGAGCUGGCGGCGCCUACACUGUGUGGUGCGCUGCGGGAAGAGGACCCGCGCGCAGCUCCGCGCGUCCCAGCGCCUCCGACGCGGCCCGGAACUUGGGUGCAGGACGGGGCGCGCGGCCGGCAGAGCCUACCAGGUGACGCGGAAGAUCUCUUACUAAAUACACUGACCAAGAGCCAUGGCUUUACAAGUGUCACUAGAACAAGAGAAGACAUUUUUCACUGUUGCAGUUUUACUAGCCUACUUGUCAUGUAAAGUGAUUUGUGAAACGGGAGACUGCAGACAACAAGAAUUCAGGGAUCGGUCUGGAAAUUGCGUUCUCUGCCAACAGUGUGGCCCAGGCAUGGAGCUGUCUAAGGAAUGUGGCUUUGGCUACGGGGAGGACGCCCAGUGCGUGGCGUGCCGGCCGCACAGGUUCAAGGAGGACUGGGGCUUUCAGAAGUGCAAGCCGUGCCUAGACUGUGCCCUGGGCAACCGCUUCCAGAAAGCGAACUGCUCUCAGACCAGUGACGCCGUCUGUGGGGACUGCCUGCCCGGAUUUUACAGGAAGACAAAGCUUGUUGGUUUUCAAGACAUGGAGUGUGUACCAUGUGGAGAUCCUCCUCCUCCUUAUGAACCACACUGUACCAUCAAGGUCAACCUGGUGAAGAUCCCAUCCACGGCCUCCAGCCCGCGGGACACAGCCCUGGCCGCUGUCAUCUGCAGUGCCCUGGCCACCGUCCUGCUGGCCCUGCUCAUUCUCUGUGUCAUCUACUGCAAGAGGCAGUUCAUGGAGAAGAAACCCAGCUGGUCUGUGAGAUCACAGGACAUUCGGUACAACAGUUCCGAGCUGUCAUGUUUUGACAGGCCUAGGCUCAACGAGUACGGCCCGAGAACGUGCUGUCAGUGCCGCUGGGACUCAGCGCAGACCUGUGGGCCUGUGCAUCUGAUUCCGUCCCUGGGCCAGGAGGAGGCCUGCAGCUCAGACCGGCCACCGGGCUGUGCCGUGCAUCCCCAGGCCAUGCUCCAGGACAGACCCGCAGGCCCAGUGGGGGAGAUGAUGCCAACGUUCUUCGGGUCCCUCUCGCCCUCCAUCGGGGGUGAAUUUUCAGACGCCUGGCCGCUGAUGCGAAGUCCCAUCUGUGGAGACAGCAUCUCUUUUUGUGAAUCUUAUCCUGAACUCACCGGAGAAGAUAUCAGUGCUCUCAAUGCAGAAAAUGAAACCGCAACAUCUUUGGAUUCAGACAGUAGUCAGGAUUUGGUUGGCAGAGCUGCUCCAAUUCAAACUCGUUCUGAAAACCUAACAGAAACAACUGAUGUAUCAAAAAAUAACACACUGGCAGAACCAGCACAAACCCAGGACAUACUAACCACUAGAAGCCAGCAAGGUCACGACUGUGAAGAGAUCACUAACCUAACUGUUCAGACUCCCCUCCAGGAAGCUUAAAGGACUGUCAUUUUUCCACAAUAGAAAUGUACGGAUCCAAACGGCACUCCUCUCUAAGGCUUAUGGACAGAGCUUGGUCUGGGCCUUGCAUGGCUUCUGGGGACAAAAAGUCUGAAUCAAAUCGACAGCAUGUUCAGCCUUUCAACCAGUUGCAUCUGAGCCAGACCAGCUGUAAGCUGAAACCUCAAGGAGUAAUGAGGAAAGACUCCAGACAGAUUCAUGAUACUUUUCAUCUUUCCUAAACAAGAAAUUUCUGUGCUACAAGAGUGACUUCAAAGCCUGAUGGGUUGAGUUUGCAGCCUAGAAGAUUAUGGACGUAUAACAAGAAACAAAUGCAUCUGUGCUUAUUCCUGUUGAAUGUGGUUUUACAAGACUGAAGACCCAGAGGAUAAAUUUUCGUUUGCAUUUUCUUUUCAGAAAGAAUUUCAUAUAGCCAAUUAUCUAACUAAAAGCUGACAUCAUAUUACCUGACUUGGUUUUUAUGUUGAAUGGGUUCAAAAGUGAGCGUUUCUCUUUGACGAAGGUCACUUUUUCAUCAUCUAAGCUGAAUAGUUUAGGUGACUGGAAGUGACUUUAGACUGUCUGCUUAAAUCUAGGGUUUACUGGAUUAAGUUAACUGGCCUAAAUAGAACUCAAAGGGGAAUGCCUUUUUUUCCAGGAACUGCAUUUCUAAUCUUAGCCUGUGAUUCACAAACACAGUUAGAGAACGUGGUAGGACAGGGUGGCCUAUCACCCUGAGCUGAAAACCACUUAAUAUCCAGAUCCACUAAUUAGUUGAGACUUGUUUGCAAAAAUUAGCAUAUUUUGGUGAAAAUUAGUUGAUAUGGAGGCAUUUAUUGCAUCUCUCCUUGUAACUGAGCUUAGAAACUCCAGAAUUUCUCUUUCAUAGAAAGGUGGUGUCCAUAAAGAUAAUUAUCUUCUCUUUUGCAUUGUAGCUUAUAUGCAGGCCUUUAAAAAUUAUAACAUAUCAGGUUCCCUCACUAUUGAAGUAUAACAGAGGCGAGUACCCUUUAGUGAUUGCCCUAUGUUUUAGGACCAGUGGAAAAAGGCACACUUUGUAGGCAGCGUUGGGGUAAGCAGUUUGUGAUUGCCAGAGAGCACUUGGCUCAGCAUGUGAUAAGUGUUCCCUCCAGUCUUGUAAAAUUAGCUAACACGUAACCUCCUAUUGGAGCCAGAUGGUGUUGGAUUUCAGAGCAGGUGCCUCGUCCCCUACCACCUUGGGCUUAUCUCUAGGACUAAGAGAGAAAUGAACCCAGUUCAGUCAGGAAGCAGUGAAUGGCCCAUUUGCUCUUAAUCUUUAUGCCCUGGAGAGGAAUUAAUUUAGGGGGAUUUUUUUUUCCCCCUGCUUGAACCUAUGUGAUCAGAUCUGGCCUUUGUCUUUUAACUGGUUACUAUUGACUGUCACACUUGGUCUUUAAAAAAAGCAAACUUGUAAAAGUAUGUGAGAGUGCACCAAGAUAUGUUGUUUAGGAAUUACCCUUCCGAAACCAGCAUUUUGUGCCUAACCGAACAUUACAAAUCUAUCCAACCUAGGAUAUUUUUCUCUUCUCAUUUAUUACCCCAUGGUUUUCUUUCUUCACUAGACAUUAGUAAAAUGUGGCUGUUUCUCUGUGUCCUGAUAUAUGUAUAUUAGCUCGGCUGUGAUUGGAACUCCUCAUUACCUGAAUCCCUUUCAGUGAAUAGGAAAUCAGUGUGUCUCAUAGAAACCCAAUCUUUCAUGGCUACCUAGUGAAAACCAUAGUUGGUUGACUUUUUCCUAGUCUCACCCUUUUUUUUUUUUUUUAGUAUAAACAAUAAUAUUACCAACUCUUAGGAGGAUUGCCUUUAGGAAACUCACCAAAAUAUUUGGGAAUUGACCACAAGAUGCCUGUAAGAAAAUGCAAGUUGAGUUUCCUUGAGUGUCUUGACUAUAAUUCAUAUGUGUGUGCCGUUGUUUGCAAUCUGAUCAUUUUUGUUAUGACAAAGGGAUGAUCAAAGUAUGCCAGGGUUGUGUUCCUUUGUGUGACCUGAAUAUAUUUUCCAUAUGUAGAGCCCUGUAACUUCAAAGACAGACACAUGCUGGAGAAAGCUAGAUCGAUGGGCACAAGACUUUGUCCAAAAGUCCUGAAACAUCACUUUUGAUCACUGGAGAAUUUCAUUCGAUACUACAUUUGAAAAACCCUGGGUUAUUUUUUAUCAAGAUGAAGACAUUUUACCACCACAUACCAUAGAAAUAUACAAUAAUGUUAUAACCUACACUCUUUGUAAACACUUGAGAAAACAAAUCCAAUUUGCAUUUCCUGUUGUAAUAUCCUACAGCACUCAAUGGACUAAGCUGCUGGGGGGCCUGUGCCAGAAAAUUGCAUCGGAUAAUGUGGCUGAGUGUGUGUGUGAUCACUGUGGCUUCUUAACACUGUAGAAGCUCUUCGACAAGAAUGAGACGCGGAUCUGGAGAGCAAUCAAGAAAAGGCAUCAGCUUGUUAAUCUUUGUGUAUAUGGAAUAUACUUUUUAAAUAUGGAUUUUUCUACUUUGGAUAAAGUGUUAAUGUCGAUAUUACCUGGGUUAAGCACUAUUGUCUGUGCUAGUUAAAAAAAAAAAAAAAGAAAAAGAAAAGGAAAAAAAAAUCUAUCACGGCUGUAGAACACUCAGCUUGAGUCAAUAUUUAGAUUUCAUCUUUACCA